GCUUUUAUUCCUAACAAAACCAUAGGGCUGCUGUGCAAUGAUCAAAAUCAAGAAUUGGCCCUGGUUAGAGCUCUGUAAAGGAUAAUAAAUUCCUUCCCGGUCAGAGGAGUGGGGUUUUUCCGCAGGGAUCAUGUUAUUGUAAAAGGAAACUGAAAGUGACCAGUGCUAUAAAGCCAGAAGCUCGUGCUCAGAGACCUUCAGUUGCUGGAUUUCCUUUCGUGUUGCUAGGAGAAGCGAGUUCGUCAGCCUCCAGAGCGACCGCAGACAUGACUCCCUGGGGCGAUGCCAAGCUCUUCUUCUGCAUCUUUUUCAUCAUCUGCUGCUCUGCAGUGACUGAGGCGCAGGUUCCCGUGGACUGCUGCUUGUCGGUAGCAAACCAACCAAUCGACAAAAGAUUGAUUGCAGAUUACCGUGAACAGGCCAAAGCCUGCUCGAUUGAUGCCACAAUCCUGGUGACCAGACAUGGGAGAAAACUCUGCGCCCCGACUAAGGAAGAAAGGUGGGUGAAAGACGUGAUGAAGCACGUGGACCACCUGAAGAAAAGAUGCAAAAACCAGAAGUACCAGGGCAAUCACUGUUUUGGAGUGAAGCGUGAAUAAAAAAGCCUCUGGUUCCCUGAGAAUGCCCAGUGAUUGACACGAAUCCAGCUAAACGUUUCUCCUGUUACCGAAAUAAAACCUUUUGUUUUUUUCAUUUCAUCUUUAUAAAAAUAUGUUAAUUUGAGCUGCAAUCUAAAAACAACCUCCUGAAGGAAUUUUAUUUUUUUACUGCUUUCCUGUUUGUAAAAAGUCUUUCAGAGAGAGAUAAUAUGUUAAAUGUGUAGCCAUUUAAGCUAACAUGUAUUAGCUUAGAAGGCUAAAUUAAGCUAACACAUGUGUAGCCACAUAAGCUAGCCUACAUUUUAGUCAGAGGAAGUUUUACUGUAACCUUGAUGUGAAUUUUUAUCUCUAAUUAAAACCUUUUUAUUUUCCCCAGAA